GCGUGUCUGACUGGCUGUGCGCAAGGAGCGAGUAACUUUCACUUUGAGCUCAUUUCAGUUGAUAAAGGCGCGGGAGCUGCAUGGAGAGCUCACUCUCCAAGUCUCAUCUGUUCAGCACACAAUGAGGUUGUUGCAGCUGCCUGCCAGGGGAAAGAUUACCACGAAGAUGACGAUGCGGGGAAAAUGUAUAACUUAUUGGUGCCGUUGGAUUUGUAUAUUUUCAAUCCAUCCUUUUUUAUUCGCCUCACUGGCUCAGUCCGAGGGGAAUACUAUCAGAUACCAGACCGACGAAGAGGGCGCACCAGGCACAGUCAUCGGAAACCUCGCCAAGGACAUGUCCUUGAGCCUGUCUCAUUCCUCCAAGACCAAUUUUAGGAUGAUGAAACAAUUCAACGACUCGUUCAUCAGGGUGAGAGAAAGCGACGGAGAACUCGCUGUCGGGCAACGGAUAGACAGGGAGAGAAUGUGCAGACACACUCCACAGUGCCUCAUUACUUUUGACGUGGUGAAUUUCUCCAAAGAUCGCUACAAAUUGAUCCACGUUGAAGUGGAAGUGAAGGACAUCAAUGACAACUCCCCGGAGUUCCCAAACAAGGAAUCUAUAGUGGAGAUCUCAGAGAAUGCAGCUCUGGGCUCCCGUGUCCCCUUGGACCCCGCAGCGGACGCAGACGUUGGGUCAAACUACAUACAAAGCUAUCAGAUUUCUGUCAACAGUCAUUUCACCAUUGAUGUGCUCCUGAGAGCGGAUGGGGUUAAAUAUGCGGAAUUGGUGCUAAUGAAAGAGCUAGACAGAGAGACUCAGCCUUCAUACACUGUGGAGCUGGUCGCCACAGACGGCGGUCACCCAUACAGAACGGGGUCAACCAAGAUAACUAUAAAAGUGACUGACUUCAAUGACAACAGCCCUGUUUUUGACCAGAAUAGUUUCUCCGUCAGUUUGCCAGAGGACGCGCCGCUUGGCACAGUUAUCCUGAGCCUUAACGCAGUGGAUGCAGAUGAGGGUCCGAACGGUGAGGUCGUCUACGGGUUCGGGAAACAGGUCUCGCACGAGAUCCGAGAACUUUUCCAAGUGGAUCACAAAUCGGGUCGCCUGGCGCUCAGGAGCCCGCUGGAUUAUGAGGACAAAAGAACCUAUGAGCUAGACGUGCAGGCGACCGAUCUGGGAGCCAACCCGACCCCCUCCGUGUGCAAAAUCAUAAUUCACGUCACAGACGUUAAUGACAAUGUCCCAGAAAUCAGCAUCACCCCGAUGACCUCCAUCACCACAGGCAUUGCCUACAUCAGCGAGGCGGCAGACAAGGACAGUCUGGUGGCGCUGAUCAGCACCUUGGACAGAGACUCUGGUGUGAACGGCCAAGUCCACUGCACCCUGUACGGCCACGACCAUUUCAAACUCAGACAGGCUUACGAGGACAGCUACAUGAUAGUGACAGCAGCCGUCCUAGACAGGGAGAGGGUCAGUGAGUAUAACCUGACGGUCAUGGCUGAGGAUUUUGGCUCCCCCCCUCUGAGGAAGAUCACUCAGUACACCAUCAGACUCAGCGACGAGAAUGACAACGCCCCACACUUUGCAAAAGCCGUCUAUGAAGUUUCAGUGGUGGAAAACAACGCUCCAGGCGCUUACAUCACCACAGUAGAGGCCAGCGACGCAGAUCUGGGCAUCAAUGGCAAAAUCACUUACAGACUAGUGGACGGUGUGAUCAUGGGCUCCCCAGUGAAUACUUUUGUCUCCCUCAACUCAAUAUCGGGCUCCAUAUACGCUCUGAGGAGUUUUAAUCAUGAGGUGAUGAAACACCUGGAUAUACACAUCCAAGCCAGUGACGGAGGGUCACCACAGCUGCAGAGCACAGCUGUGAUUAGACUAAAGAUAGUCGAUCAAAAUGACAAUCAGCCUUCCAUUAUAGAGCCACCACUUUACAAAGGAUCGGCCGAGGUUUUCCUGCCCAAAGAUGCACCUGCAGGUUAUGUGGUAACCCAGAUAAAGGCCACAGAUGCUGACGAGGGCAUAAAUGCACAGUUGUCCUAUAAAAUCGUAGACGGGGGACACCUGGGUUUCUCCAUCAACAAAGAAACAGGGAAGGUGCACGUGAGCAGACAGCUGACGUACGAUCUCACUGACAAUGUCAAAGUCACAGUGGCGGUCAGCGACAAUGGAUCCCCUGCACUUUCCUCGACAGCCAUUAUACAUUUAAGCUUUAUAGAGGGAACUUUACCCAGCUUGCCUUCCUUUGCCCCUAAUGACAGUGAGGAGCUCUUUGAAUGGAACAUGUCCCUAGCCAUAAUCAUUGUACUGGCAGGGAGCUGUUCUCUCCUCCUGCUGGCUAUCAUUCUCAUUACAACCAUUUGCAGCCGCAGGAAGAAAGAGACGAGGGAGAGGGGGUGUGAUGAAAAAGAAGACAUGCCAAAUGUGGAGAAAGUGGAAAGUGGUCAUAUUGAUUCAGUGAUUGCCAGCCACAAAGGCAAAGUGUUUGAUGCCCAUCCAUUUCCAGAGAAACCUCCACUGGCCAGCAGCAACACAACAGAGAUAGGGUGUGAAGAUGGCAGGCAGACAGCAGGCGUCUUCGAGUCAAACAGCAGGGUGGUGGAGGGAAAAUUAAAGGGUUAUUCGACACUGCCAGGAUAUGGGAAAGAAACCGUGAGACCCAUAACAAUAUGGAAGGGCAAUUCGUUCACAACAAUCUCUGCAAGAGAUCCACACAUCAGUGGCAAGGACAGUGGCAAAGGGGACAGCGACUUCAAUGACAGUGACUCUGACUUGAAUGGGGAUGUGCACAAAAAAGAGUCGCCGCCAAUGAACAGUCUGUGGGCCUGUACCAGCGAGUGCAAAGUGCUGGGACACUCUGACCGAUGCUGGAGUCCCUCAGCUACAAGGCCCAAUACGAGUCUGGCCUCUGCACCACAUCUGUCAACAUUUCCCAAGACAGCUUCACUUCCGCGUGACACCAGGCGGGAAAACUACUACCCAGGUCACGUGACCAAAACUAACGCUCUGCAAAGUGUGUACGAAAAAGUUCAACACCAGGAAUUUGAUUAUAUCCUCGUUGGUCCGCCGACACCGGCCAGAAUACAGGAAACGGAUGAGAUAUCAAUUCCAGAGUACACAAGCUCUUAAAUGACAGAUGAGAGACUCAUCAAAAUGGAUUUUGUCUUUAUACUGUACAGUACUUUUAUCUUAAUCGACUCUGUGUUGGACUGUUGCAGUGUUUUUGUAGUAUGUCAUGUGUCCUUUGGCUCAUGUAAGACUGUUCAUUUUUCCUCAUGUGUAAUAUGCAAAAUUUUGUACAUUAAUAAUAUAUUUUUCAUAAUGAUUCAAUGUAAAGAAAAAUUUUAUUAUGAAUUUUCGAGAGCAUGCAUUAUUAUUUAAGGGGCAUGACCACUGGACAUUUAGGCUGCGAGGGGUCUUCUCUACUGUGGAUAAACAAUCAAUAUGAAAGAUGACCAUGUUUGUGGUAGAUUUUUGUCACAAUGUUGCACAAAUAAAUGGCUUAAUGGAAA